AUGGGUGCCAUGCACCUGAGCAUAUCCAAACGGCAAAGGAACACCAGAUAGUCAGGAUGGAUGACUCUAUUCGCACUGAGGUCAGAGAACUGAGGUCCAUGGUGGAUGAGCUCAAGACGAUGCAAAAUGAUACAUCCAUGGUGGCUUUUUCAGCGGCGCAUAGACCACCACCAGGUGUACCUAUGGAAUCUGGUUAUGGCAACACUGGACCAAGCACCUCUGCCACUACCCUGAUCUUCAGCGAGGUGAUCACAAACAUUGGUGAUGGCUAUAACCGCUACACAGGAGUGUUUAUAGCUCCUAAGAGAGGAGUCUACUACUUCACCUUCACCGUGUAUUGCUGGAGCAAUGGAAACCAAGUUGGUGCAGCCAUGUACAAGGAUGGCAAGGAGAUAUUGUUUGCGUGGCUAGGGGCCAAAAAGGGAUCCAGUGAAGAUUUCGCAACAAAUGCAAUCACCUUGCAACUGGAAAAGGGGAAUACUGUCUACAUGCGUCUGCCCGAGGGCUUGCAAAUUACUAGCCGCGACAGCUCUAAUGUCACCACCUUCAGUGGGUUUCUCCUGAACCCCAUGUGAGAAUAGUGUGAGAGCAGUUAUCCAAAUGUCCAGAAGUCGAAACCCUUUUCUCUUGUUAUCUCUCAACACCAAUUUUCUUCCAAUCAAUUACUUUCAACAAUAAAAGUGUGAUUAA